CAGCAGUCGUUGUAUACUAUUGCAAACGUUAGGCCUCGUAAGCGGUACGUCGGGAGUUGGCAGAGAAACUUCGUAAAGAUUAAACUUUUUAUCCUGGGAUUUAUACGCAUUGGACGAAACUAGAUGAAUAAAAAAUUACCCGAACAAAUGACAACUGCCCGAUAGGCAGUGUUCGGUAGUGGUGCACGUGACUGUGAAAGUUUUGUGAAUUUCUUUUGUGUGUUUCUAAUGCAAUGAACUAUUUAAAUUAAUUUGUUCAUUCAUUUUGGACCAUCACGUACUGUUGCGUUUUAAAAUGCAGAUUUUAAAUCUUCCUUGUUGAAUAUAUGCACAGGACUGAGAAAAAAUGCACAAAGAAAGAUCUGGUAGUUUAGGCUCUGCCAAAUCCGUCCUGAUGGAGGGCAAAACGCCUACGGAAAGUAGCAGUGGAGAUAUUACCAGCCUGGUAGAAAUUGAAAACUCAGACGAUCUGCGUAAAUUGGUCAGAGAGCUCAGACAAAAGACCAGAGCUCAAGCACAACAAAUCUUGGCAUGGAGAAGGGCGUAUAAAAUGCAGGAAUCGUUCGUGUCCAGACUGCAAAGAGAGAAAUGCGAUCAACUAAAGGCCCUUAGUUCAAAACUACUAUUAUUCGAAUCAAGACUAAUCAGAAAACAAAAGGACAUAUCAAACAUGCUAACCCUCAGAGAGACGAUAAUUCAUCGGCAACAAAAACUAAUUGAAACGCUGACCAACCGACUUGUGGACAACGGUCUGGAGAUCCCGCAGUCAGAAUUAACGGAUAUCGACAUCAACUUGCCAGACCUGGAUUCCCUCAACGAUUCCGACAGUGCCGUGGUGAUGGAGGACGUUGAUAGUGACAGUAACAUUUAUCAUGUGCCCAGGUACCGUUCCGAUGGAAUUACAGUGAUGCGUUCUAUAUCGGACGCUAUUGAUCCAAACUACUCGAAGUAUUGCAUGAGGAGAUGUAACGGGUAUCUGCGAAGACCUGAAGUCCUGGAGACCGUCUACAGCGUGGAAGAAGAUGCAGACAACGAAAACCACGAAGGCAAAGAAGACGAAAAAACAGAAGCGAAUAAAAAAAGGGACGCGUUCGCAAGCAGUGGAGGUAAAACCACUAAACCAUGUGACGAUGAAAAACCGAACACGAAGGAACGAAGUAAAGAAAAGAAAGUGUACAGUUAUAAAUGGUCGAAAAACGACGAUAAAUCAGAUGAAUCCCCACAGGAAGAAAAUUCUGGAAAAACACAGACAACAAAUCAAGUUAAAACUUAUAACAGGGUGAUGUCGAAUCACAGAUCGGUAACGAAACCAAAGGAUGUAAAAUAUAAGCGUAUAAAUAAGGCGAAAUCGAAAAGCUUGGAAGAGCUGAGGGGUAGGUUAAAAAAUUGGGUGGAGCAAGGGAGUAAAGUGGCCGGUAUUACUUUGGAGCAUAGUCAAAGUUGUGCAUAGCAAGAGUAAUUUGUUUGUGAUUUGUACUUUUUAUUUAUUGUAUUAUUUUUCUUGUUUUUAUUGUUUUUUCUAUAUACUUAUUUGAUAAGCUUAAAUUUUGCUUAACGAUUGUGAUACUUUGCAUAUAAUUAAUGUUAAAUAUUUAUCUAGGAAAAGCUAAAAUGUUACCAGGUAAAAAUAAAGACAAUC